UUGUCUUUUUUAUUUAUCCAUUCAUUCACCUUUGUGACGCUUAAUGAAGUUAUAAAGGGAUGUUUCUGGUUGUCGAACUACAUGGUAAAGCAGUUAUCAGCUCAUCAAACCCGACGAGCUAUCGGGGAGCACCAAUAUUGUUUCAGCUUUUUAAAAUUUCAUUUCCAUUCGCUAACACUGUUUCAGGCAAUCCCAUGUGCUCUGCUACUAUGGUUCACAAUUGCAUUGGUACUGAAACUUCGGAAAACUGACGAAAAACGAAACUAUCUAUAUUCGAAGAGUUUUCGGAAGCACAUAAAGAAAACUACUGUGCCGGACAGGACUACCUACAUGCUUAUCGUUGUCCUAGUUGUGUUUCUCGUCACUGAGCUGCCUCAAGGAUUUCUCGCUCUUCUCAAUGGUUGGCACCAUUUCUUUUACAGUCUGAUUCAUUUCUUUGUGGACCUCGUGAAAACAAGUCUAAACAGAGAAAACGGUAACAAAUGUAUUGCGAAAGCACUCACGAAAAUAACAGUGUGA